AUGAAUUCAACAACGUUCACCUCAACAUCAACAACAUUGAAUUCAACAAGCUCGACCUCAAAUACCACGUCAUCAACCAAUGCAGUAACAACAACAACCACGACAUAUACUCCUGAUAUUUGCCGCAACUCAUUCCAAGUUGCUUUAACUAAUGGAACAUGUGUUUCUGCCGAAGUUGGACAGGAAUUGUCAGCUGGAAUAUUAAAUAAUGGUAACGGUAGUUCGAUCGAUUUAGCCAAUGCUCUAUCAUUGUAUAUAUCGUCCACUGCGAACUCUAAUUUAUCAAGUAACCCUUAUAAUACUGUUACGGUCAGUAGAAUUGAUGAGGUGCUUGAUAAACUCAAUAAUAUCAGUAUUGCGAUUAAUUCUCAAGCUUCAUUUCUAAUUGCACAAGAACUCAGCGAAAGUGCCGAUGAUAUCGUCUUGGGUGCCAAAUUUCAGCGUAAUUUAGGAGGUCAAUUUGUGAGAAAUUCCACAGAAGAAUCCACAUUAAAUUCCACUUUUUCCGUAGCUGCUACCAUUGCUAAGGAAUCUAUACUCAACGUCACAUCCCUGAAAAUGUUUAUCAUCGAUAAACCUACUCUGUACAAAACUAUCGGCAACACAACCAAUAAGCUCUUGGCAUCAUCGGUAAUCGUCACCUCCGUACGGCGCAUUGGUUCUGCAUACAAUCCAAUAAAUAUUUCUUUAUAUUUCAAAGUGUUACCAGAAUAUCAACCCAAUGUAAGUGCUACAUAUCUAUGCUCAUUUUAUGACAUCAAUAGUUCAAGCUGGGACGAAAGCGGAUGUACUGUACCUCUUCAAAACAUACAAUUUGGUCGAUAUGAAUGCAGCUGUAAUCAUUUAACCACAUUUGCUCUUACUUGGUCGGCAAAUUCGCCGUCAAGUUCGUCAAGCGCCACAGCAGAUACAACGGACGUAACGGCCGCCUUCUCUGCCACCUCAGAGACGAUCAUAUCAUCCACUACAACCACAAACUCUAUCAGUUCUACAUCAACAACUACAACAGCAGAAACGUCAUCAACCUCUACAUCAACAUCAACAACAACAACAACAACAACAGGAACGACAUCAACCUUUACAGCAACAACAACAACAACAACAGAAACGACAUCAACCUCUACAUCAACAACAACAACAACAGGAACGACAUCAACCUCUACAUCAACAACAACAACAACAA